GUGAAAGGUCGUGUUGGAGAGCAACUGACGCGGUAGCUGAGGACAUCAUGGUUUUGGCCAAGUUAUCUGUAAUUGUAUUUGUCAUAGUGGCAAUUCAUAAUGCGACGUCAAAUGAUAAGGAAGGACGUAAAGUAGGACUCCUGAUUCCAGAGAAAAUUAUAGGAGGAGUCAUCGACAUAGUACAUAGCCAUAAGAAUAAGCCGGGAAGUUCAGUGCAAGGAUCCUUCCAGCAACAAGGUUCUUAUCAAAGCUACGCCCCGCAGCAGGGAUAUCAGCAGUACCCUAAUCAGUGGAACCAGAACCAGAAUCAAUAUCAAAAUCAAUACCAAAACCAAUACGGUAACUCACAAGGGCAGUACAAUUAUCAGAACAACUACCAGAAUGGAAACUAUCAGCAGGGUAGCUACCCCGUUAAUAGUGGACCAGCCCAGGUUGGACAAAAUCAAGUAGUAACCCAAGGAUAUCCCACACAGCAAGCUAGCUACGGCAAUAUCCAAAAUCAAGGUCAAAAUCAAUUACAAGGACAAUACGGCUCGUAUCCACAGAACCAAGGCGGCCAAUACGUAAUGCAGAACCAGAACCAGAAUCAACAAGCUGGAGGACAGUAUCAAAACCAAAACCAGAUUCAACAAUCAGGCGGUGGUCAGUAUGUCAGUCAGAACCAAAUUCCACAGGGCCAAUAUAACCAAAACCAGCAAUCUACAGGACAGAAUAUGAACCAACUCCAACAAACCGGACAGUACGUUCAAAAUAACCAGGGGUCCUAUCAAUCUGGUAGCUCGCAAGGUUCUGGAGGUUCCUCGGGCUCUUCAAGUGGUUUCCAGGUAUCUGGUAGUCAUCAAACAGGAGGACCUGGACCUACCUGCGUCUGUCAGGCUUGGACCAAACCUCAAGGUGACAACAUUUAUGAUCAGAGUCACCAAAGUAGCCAGGGUAAUCAGACAAGUAAGGCUGAAGAUAAAAAGGAAGAGAUGUAACAUUAUGAUCGAAUUCGUAGUAUUCUUUAUUACGCGCCUGCAAUAGGUAUUUCGCAUUUAGUUUUUUAUACAAGAAACUUUGCUAUUAUUUUUAUGUAAGGCAUACGGACUGUAUUGUUUAUCGAUCUCUUGGACUAUUUACAUACAAAUUUUGAAUUUACCUUAAUUUCACCAUUUUAAGUCUUCAUUUCUUUACUUCUUAUAUGUAAGUAGUAAAUUAUUUAUUUAUUGUGCGUUUGUGUUGAUUGUGGAUUAGAUUAAAUUAUUGUAAGAAAUUAUUAUUGAA